CUACUUGAUUGCUUUCUUCUUAAGCUAGCUUCCUACUCAUCAUCCCGGCCCCCUUUCUUUUUCAACUUGUGAUUCGUCUUCAGUUUCAAUUUCUUGGAAUUUGGGAUGGAAGUACUUCUGGUGUAGAAGACAAUGAUAUUGAUUGGAACACAGAAGAUGAGCUUGAAUUGGACAACUUCACUUUAUCUCCUUGUUCUAGUUUGCUACUUACUGGUGGCGAAGCUAAUGCCUUCUCUGGGGAGAUUCAAUGCAUGUGGGGACUAGAUGAAAUACUGGCUUGUUAUGUGUGUUCCUGGACACUCAGCAACAAAAUGCCUCCUUGUGGCGAGCUCAUGUCCAAGUUCUUCCAACUCCAAAGUUCUUGAUCAGUUUAUAGGGAUGGGAUUUUCUAAGAAGAUGGUUGAAAAAGCAAUUCAGGAACAUGGAGAAGAAAAUACAGAUGCAAUUCUGGAAAUGCUCCUCUCAGAUUCAGUUCUAGAAAGUUCUUCCCAAGAACUGCAACAAACGGAUUCAGAUCACUUUUCCUCUGAUUAUGAUGGAAGCUUUUUGGAUGACUUUUCAGAUUUGGAAAGCUCUGGUGAUGAGGAAAUCAUGAGUCCUACAUCCGAGGAGGAAAAGCUACUCAUGUCCUUGAUCAAAAUGGGGUACACAGAAGAGGAGGCUUCCAUAGCUAUAGAAAGAUGUGGUCUUAGCUCUUCACUUCUGGAAUUGACUGAUUUUUUAUCUGCUGCUCAUUUGGCAAAGGCAGAAGAUGCCCUUCUUCCUCUAGAACAGAAGCCUGGACUAAAACAUUUGCACACUGAUUAUCCUAAGAAGAAAAGGAAACUUUUGGUUAAUCAAGUGUCGAAAAGGAAAAGGCAAAAUAGGCUCAUAGGCGAGGACAAUGAGACAGUUCGUCUCCCAAAUCCAAUGAUUGGGUUUGGUAUUCCAACUGGACCAUGCCAAUCUCACAGAACUCUUCCAAAGGCAGCCAUAGGACCUCCCUAUUUUUAUUUUGAGAAUGUAGCCCUCACUCCUAAAGGGGUUUGGGACACUAUAUCGAGAUUCCUAUAUGAUGUGCCACCUGAAUUUGUUGACUCUAAGUACUUCUGUGCUGCUGCUAGAAAAAGAGGUUAUGUUCACAAUCUUCCAAUCGAGAAUAGAAUCCCUCUCGUUCCACUUCCCCCACAAACCAUAGAUGAGGCAUUGCCCAUGUCAAGAAAGUGGUGGCCUUCUUGGGACACACGGACAAAGCUAAAUUGCUUACAAACUUGCCAUUCAAGUGCAAAGUUAACAGAGAGGAUCAUGAAGGCUCUUGAGGGCUAUGAUGACAUUCCACCAGAGAGAGUCCAGCGGGGUGUAAUGCAUGAAUGCCGUAAGUGGAAUCUAGUGUGGGUUGGAAAAAAUAGGGUCGCCCCACUUGAGCCUGAUGAAUUUGAAAUGCUUUUGGGGUUUCCAAAGAACCACACCAGGGGAAUAAGCAGGACUGAUAGAUAUAAAUCACUCGGGAAUGCAUUUCAGAUUGACACCGUCGCAUACCACUUCUCUGUUUUGCGAGACAUGUUUCCCAAUGGCAUCAAUGUCCUCUCCCUUUUCUCUGGGAUAGGUGGGGCGGAAAUAGCCCUUCAUCGGCUUGGUAUCCGUAUGAAGAAUGUUGUGUCUCUAGAGAUUUCAGAAGUUAACAGAAACGUUCUGAGGUGUUGGUGGGAGCAAACAAACCAGAGGGGGAAUUUGAUUCACCUUCCUGAUGUGCAAGAGCUUAAUGCUGACCGCUUGGAACAGUUUAUGAGUUCAUUUGGUGGCUUUGAUCUAGUAGUUGGUGGCAGUCCCUGCAACAAUCUUACAGGUAGCAAUCGAUAUCAUAGAGAUGGACUCGAGGGUAAAGAAUCUUCCCUAUUCUAUCAUUUCUUUCGUAUACUGGACUUGGUUAAGUCUAUUAUGGCAGGGAUAUAAGUAAGUCCACAUAAAGCUAAUCUGUUUGUGGUUACUUGUAUCCAAUCCCCUUUUCCAUCUGAACAUUAUUGGCAAGUAAGACAAGAUCAUGCCUCUCAUUUUUUCUCCAGUUUUGGCUCGUAUUGUAGAUAAAAAUUGUAGAAAAAGACUCUAGUAGCUUGAGGAUAGCUUGUAUAUUGUAGCUCAACUGUGUGAAUAGCUUGGGACAUGGCUCAGCUUGGUUUCUUUGAUAAACCAAAAGCAUCGGCAAGCAACAAGUCAAGUGGAAACAGGAGGAAAACUACCUGAAUGAGUCAUUGGUAAGUAGACCACAUGUAUACUGUCCAGUAAGAUAAGUGAACCUCACCAUCUGUAUCAUCCAACUUGUCUACAAUAACCAAAUAAGCAUAAUAAUGCAAUAUGAACCACAUGCAUCCACAGACCAUGUCCAGAAGUUUGAAACCCAACUUGCAAAUGUGUCUCCUGUUGCCAUGCCCGCAGAAAAUGCCAUUCUUAUGAACACAGAAAUAUGAAUGCAAUCAGCACCUACCCGUAAUAGCUAUGUUGUCACUGAAACCCUGGACCUGCUUCGCUUCGUACUUCAAGAACUCGUCCUCCCUGUGCUUGAUUGAGAACAAGUGCAUUGCAGUUUUGAGUUUUCUUGGGCACUGUUAGUAUUGUUUGUGCUGCAAGUUUUAAGCUUCAGGACUUGUUGGUAGGAAGGGUAGGCAUCUUCAAGUUUGCAGACUUGCAGUAAAUGGAUUUUUGAUUUUGAUA